CCGCUGCCGUGCCUUGCGGCCCGGAGGACGCCGAGGCCGACGUGGCGUUGGGCUGGGCGGGCGCAGAGCCGCUCUCCCGGCCCGAGGAGCGGGAGCGGCCGGACGGCGGCCCGGGAGGUGGAGGCGGCGGAGCCCCCCGCAGGCGAUUCCAACUUCUCCAGGGUGGGGUCUGAUGAAACCGGAGUCCUUGACGUCCCCGUUGAAGCUAGGAGGCCGGCUGCCAAACACUUCCUUAGGCUGCCAGGAGAGGAAAGCACUUCUCUCAGACAUGAGCUGUGGCAAGCCAAAGUACGGAGGAAUGAGAAUCAGCACCUCGAGGCCAUCUCAAACAUUGAAGCCAAUGGCGGGCGCAGGGAAGAACUGAACAAGGGUGUGGAUCAUGGAUCCACAGCAGAAAAAGUGGAGAUGGGGCAAAAAGAGGUGCAUUCAGGCGACCUGGAUAUGUCAUUAUCCUCAGGUGGGGUUCAACUCGGUGCUUGCAUGGGCACGUGGGCCAGUGAUGCCAGAACAGCUGAGCAGGAACCCCAGCAGCCCAGUCCUGAACAACAACAUGUAGAUACUUGCAGGAAAGAAAGCAACAAUUCUAAAGUCUCCAAACUGGCAUCUCCAUGGAGAGAAGGGCCCACUGGAGGAGGCUGGGGAACAGGAGAACUGUAGUGAGCUGGCGGAGGGUCCUUCUGGCAGCCCAUGCCCACUGCCAGAAGCUCUGUUCCAGAAGGAGGAGGUGAUCAAGCGCAGGUAACACUGUGGGAAGUGUGGCAAAACCUUCCUGCAGCUCUGCCACUUCAAGAAGCACCGCUUUGUCCAUGCUGGCCACAAGCCCUUCAUAUGCACAGAAUGUGGCAAGAGCUGCAGCUCAGAGGAGAGCUUCAAGGCCCGUCUGUUGGCCCACCAGGGUGUACGGCCUUUCCAGUGCACUCUGUGACGAGGCUUACUGCACGAAGCGAGACCUCCGGGAGCACCAGGUCCUGCACUCUGGCCACUGCCCAUUCUCCUGUGAGCAGUGCCGCGAGGCUUUUGCGUGCCGGCCCUCUCUGCGCAUUCACAGGAAGAUCCAUGUGGCCACUGGGACCGGCCCAACUGAUCCCAAGGGAUGCCAGCGUGCCAUUUGCGGAUGCCACCUGGCCAACCCUGGUUCUUUGCGCAACCACAUGUGCCCGCACACAGGUGAGCGGCCUUACUCCUGUCCCUUCUGCAGCAAGGACUUCUGACAGCAGAGCAACCUGCGUGAGCAUCUCCGGCUGCACACGGGCGAGAAAGCCCUACAAGAGCUGUUUCUGCGGCGAUGCCUUCCCCAGACUGCCAGAGCUGCGGCGCCAUCUCAUCUCCCACACGGGCGAGGCCCACCUGUGCACAGUGUGCAGCAAGGCACCGCAAGACCCCUACACGCUGUGUGCCCAUGAGUGCCUGCACGCAGGCAAGCGCCCUUUCCACUGUGAGCAGUGUGGCAAGUCCUACACCCUGGCCAUGAAGCUGCGGCGCCACCAGAAAUGCCACCUGGCUGGGAAGCCCUACAAAUGUGAGCUGUGUGGCAUGGGCUACACCCUUCCACAGAGCCUUGCAUGCCACGUGCUCACCCACCAGGCAGAAAAGGAUCCUGAGGAAAUGAGCACUGCAAAGGCCUCUCUUGCCGUGGACCUACCCCUGCCUCAGAGGAAGAGCCCCUCCCAAGAGGAGGCUGUGGCAGAGCCUGCCUUGCCCAUGGCGGAGGUGCCAGGGCCAGAAAAUGAGAUGGAGUUGCUGAUCACAGCCAGUGGUCACUGCAUCGCUGCUUACCAGCCUCAAGGCAGCACACCAGAUCCUGGAAGGAGAGCUGCUGAGCUACCAUCAGCAAAGGACAUCAUUGAAAUCACCAUCUCCAAACAUGAGGAUAAGUGCAUUAUUGUGCAGGAAAAGGGCUCACCGAGUGAUGUUAUCAUCAUCCAGGAGGGGGUGGGUUUUGGAGCAGUGGCAGAAGUGGAGGUUGAGACUGGAGUGCGACUACCCCAGCUGACCCUGGCUGUUCUUCUGUACAGAAUAUUAAAAUGGGGUAGAAAACAAAACAAAACAAAAAAUGAACUCUGUAGUGUCUCUGUGGCAACAAGGCUCUGUGUCUCAGCCCCCAGCAGAAUUAGCAGCCUCAGAGGUAACUGCUGGUGUAGACCUGGGUCUUUUUGGUAGCUGCUCCGUGGAGCUGUGAGCCUACAUUUGCUGCCUUUUGGGUCUGGUGCAGGGAAUGUUGAUAGGAAUAACUUCUUACAGAGGAAACCCAGUGUUUUGAUGAGCAAUGCCCCUCCUCUGGCUGUUAGUGACCGUGCACCAUAGGGAAAAGUCUAAACAAUUCCUUCAAGUUUUCCUUCUUAAUAGCUGCAAGCACUUUUCUGGGCUUUUACUCAGGAGGCCAACAGCAAUUCUGACCAUUAGAGGGUGACGCCAGUGGCAGACGUUGCAGGGAAGCAGCUUCCCACUGUCUAUAAGAUUUUUUUUUUAAAGCAUUUUUCACAAUUAGCAGAAGCAAAGUUCUGCCUUAUAGCUGGGGCUGAGUGUUCUUCCGCUUUUGCCUGUUUUGUUUGCUGUCACCUUCCUGGCUUUCUGGUCCUGGUUGGUCUGUCUGAGAACAUUAAAAGUUGCUUUCAUUUCUCACACUACUAGUAGCAUUGUACAGUCAAUUUUCACUGUCCCCAGCUGAGAAGCUCCUUACCUCUCCAGGUAAGGAUUUACAGUUCAUUUCAGUAUGCUCAGAUUUUUGCCCCUCUCCUCCUUUCUUCUGAUCUUUUUUUUCUCAUGUUCUUGCUUCCUCUCUCCCACUUUUCUGCUCUUCCAUCAAAAAGCCUACAGGUGACACAGCCCCCAGCUAUUCCCACUGCUCUAUCUUCUUUAGUGAUCAUUUGCCAUUUGAGAUGUGCUGAAUAAAACUGAUGCCUUGUCAGGAAGAAAAUGUGUGUUUCCAAAGGCCUCAUAGGAAGAGAUGAACAGUACCAGCCCUAGCAGUCUUUCAGACUUGCCUGCCCCACGCUUGCAUUUCAUAUGUAGCGCAAACACUGCUUUAAUUUGCUGCCUCCACAGUUUCAGCUGCUAUCUCUGUUCUGCCCCUUUCCAGCACCUGCAUUUCCCCGGAAAGCUUUGUUUGGAGGCCUACAUUCUGUGAGCUUUUUAUGUCCACUGUGCAAGAGAAGGGUAUAGUGUCACCUGAGAACUGUCGAUAGCACUGCUCCCAUCUGGGGUGCUACAAAGACAGUAAUGUGACAAUCUGAGAUGUCAGUUUUUUUUUUUUUUUUCCCAUAAACUUUUAUGACCAGUUUGUAGACAAGGUGUUAGUCACAUCCACAACACCUUGAUAUGUGUGUGAUAAGGACAGUAGGUGAAUUCAGCUAAUAAACAGUUAAGUCUA